GGAAGAAGCCAAGGAAGCAGUGCAAUGGCUUCAAAAAUCCGGGACCUUGAGGAGGAGGUUACGUGCCCCAUCUGCCAGGAGCUCCUGACGGACCCCUUGACUAGUUUCUGCCAAGCCUGCAUCGUGGCAAACAAGGAAGCAGUAAUUGGCUUGGAAUCAGAAAGCAGCUGCCCUGUUUGUGGAAGUAGAUACUCACUUAGGAAACUACGGUCUAAUUGGCAUCUGAGCAAGAAAGGAGAGAGACUCAGGAAGGGAAAAUGGAGCCCACAGAAGGAGCAGGCGGGAGAACUCUGUGUGCACCAUGGAGAGAAACUCCUCUUUUUCUGUAAGGAGGAUAGGAAGGUCAUUUGUUGGCUUAGUGAACGGUCUCAGGAGCACUGUGGUCACCACACAUUUCUCAUGGAGGACGUAGUAAAAGAAUGCAAGGAAAAGCUACGUGCAACUGUGGAGAGGCUGAGGAAUGAGCAACAGGAAGCUGAGAAGUUGAAAACUGCCAUAAGCGAAGAAAGAGCUACGCGGAAGUCUGAGAUACAGAUUGAGAGACUCAGGAUACAAGUAGAAUUUAAGCGCAUCAGACUCAUUCUGGAAAACGAGGAGCUGAGAGAGCUACAAAAGUUGGAGGAUGAGGAGAAGAAGGUCAUGAAUAAAUUGGCGGAGGCUGAGGAUGAGCUGGUCCAGCAGAGCCAAGUGGGGAAAGAGCUCAUCUCAGAUCUGGAGUGUCGGGGUCAGUGGUCAACAAUGGAGCUGCUGCAGGACAUGAGUGGCAUCAUGAAAUGGAGUGAAAUUUGGACACUAAAGAAACCAAAAACCCUUCCCAAGAAACUGAAGCAUGUAUUCCGAGCUCCAGAUCUGAGGGGGAUGCUGCGAGUAUUUACAGAGCUGGCAGAUGUCCAACGCCACUGGGUGGACAUUGUACUGAACCCAGUCAACCUGAAUUUGAAUCUUGUCCUUUCAGAAGAUCAGAGACAAGUAAUGUCUGUACCCAUUUGGCCUGUUAAGUGUGAUAAUUAUGGAAUCUUGGGCUCUCAAUCUUUCUCCGCAGGGAAGCAUUACUGGGAAGUGGAUAUGUCUAAGAAAACUGCCUGGAUCCUAGGAGCAUACUGUAGAUUUUCCCAUAAUAAAAUGUCUCGUGUUAGACAAGCUGAAAAAUAUAAAAGUGUUUACUCCAGGUACAGCCCAGGGUUACAACAGCAACUGAAGUAUGUUGCUUGGGAGGACGCUUUCUCUGCACAUCCCCAGAUUUGGACCCUCUUCCUGGCUGUGCUUCCCUGUCGGGUGGGGAUUUUUCUCGACUUUGAGGCUUGCACUGUCUCCUUUUUCAAUGCCGCAGACCAUGGUUCCCUCGUCUACAGAUUUGUGAAAUGUUGCUUUUCUCAGAACACAUUUCCCUAUUUCAACCCUUGGAACUGCCCUGGCCCUCUGACCCUUUGCCCACCAAGCUCUUGA